CCCAUUGGUCCAUGUCGUGCCCUGGGCGCGGGUUGAUUGGCCGCGCUGGCUGUCCGUCAGAAGGCGGUAGUGGCCGCGCGCUCCGGGUCCGGGUCCGGGAUGGCGACGCUGCUCCUCAACCAGGACAUCAACUCCACCGUCUCAGAAACAAAGAUACACUCCUUAAGUCAAGCAUUCUCCUGGAUCAUUGACUGGACCUGGAAAAAGCUUCCAAAUCCAUUAAUUGUUGGAAUAGCAGCAAUUGUGUUAAGUUCAUGGUUUGUCAGAACACCUUACAAAUGGGUAGUAUAUCUUCUAAAAUGGCCCUUAAGGAUAAGAGGCAAAAGAAACAUUUCUGUUGGUCCACCAAUGGAUAUCUUAGAAUAUGCAAACAUCGAAUGGAAAGGUGAUACCAAGCAAGCUGAGAAGCUGAGAAUGGCUUACGAAGAUAUUUAUUUGCUGCACCACAUUAAACACAUGCGAAGAAUCAGAGGAGAUAACUACUGUGCUCUGAGGGCGGUAUUGUUCCAGAUUUUCAGCCUGGGUAUACCUCUUCCAUCGUGGAUGAAGGAACAGGACAUAACCAAGUUACCAGAAAAAAUAUUCAUGCAUGGCUGCAACUGGGUGCAGCAAUACAACUUUGGUCCUGAGAGAUAUACUGGGAACAAUGUUUUUGGAAAACUUCGCAAGUGUUUGGAACUCUUACAAGUGCAGUGGAUGAACUUUCAUGGAAUUAAAGAUCAGGAGAAAAGAACAGCUAUGUGUAUAAAAUUAUUCAGUAAGCAAGAGAAUGAAUACAAGAUGUAUGAAGCCAUGAAAUUUCUGAUGUUGUACACGGUGUUUGAACUCCAUGAGGGUUUAAAAGAUGGAGAAGAUGUUCCUGGCUUUUGUGCUAUUUUCUUUGCCCGAGAUUCCUCGCCAGAUCCUUUGAGUUUUAUGAUGAACCAUCUCAACCAGGUUGGUGACACAGGUGGACUGGAGCAGAUUGAAAUGUUUCUCCUUGGAUGCACAUUUCAAUUGAAGAUCAGAACUUUCAGACUCUACAAACAUGGUUCUGAAGAAUAUGUGACGUGCUAUCCUCAGGACUGCCAGAGGGAAUGGCAUGAAAUUCUUAUUCUGACUGAAGACGACAGGCAUUAUAAUAUCCCCAUUACCUGCGAAUGAUUACAUUAUCAAGACUCUGUGGAGGCAUUGACUGAAUUUAAAAUGAUAUGGGUUUAUAUUGACUUAACAUGUUUGUGCUGAUUGUUAUGUGCAAACUUUGUAGCAACAAAAUCCUUUACUUUCAUUGAAAAUCUAUUGAUCAUAUAAUUUGAUAUUUCCAACAUGUUGCAAGCCUAAACUUUUCCUGAAGAUGCACAUUUUGGUUUAAACGAGAAACAUUUACAUUAGGAAACAAAAAGUAAAACCCACAAAAUAAUAUUAUAUAAAUAAUUAAUUGAUCGAUGUUUCUUUUCUUUCUCUUUUUUUUGGUAUCUGUAACCAUUCGUCCACUCCAUUCCUACGCAGCACUGCAUUUUAAAUAUAUCAAUGUACCCAAUGUGCCAGUUUUACUGAAUUAAUUUAUAGUUAGUCAACAAGGAAUGUUAUUUUUGAAGGAGUAAACGGAUGUAGAGAGAGGGCACAUGUGAAAGAGGAACAAAUUCUGGGAUACACGUUAUCUCUUACUCUAUAGUUUCUGAUCACCCAAAAAAUAAUCUGUUCAUUGCUCCUAAAGGCAGACUCAAGCACUCACAGGUUCUUCUUCUUCUUCUAUGUCGUUUUUUUUGGCGGUUGGCAAACAACUUUUUAGUGCAUUACCGCCACCAACUGGUAUGGAGUGUGGAUCAAAUAACAUUAUAACUUAUAUACUAAUAACCUAUAUCUUUCUGAACAAAUUGGUUACCCUGAGAAAAAGCAAAAGGAUUUGAUAGCACAUAUGAAUUCUUUUGUAAAAUAUCUAUUAAAUCAAAUUGCACUUUUUCUUUUCUGAAUCGUUCACUCAUUUGUCUUUUCUUCCUCAUACCUCUCACAAUGUAUAAUGACAUGCUCUAUUGUCUCUUCUUGCCCACAGUAUUCACAUCUGCCUGUAUUAUGCUUGCCUAUUAUAAAAAGUGUACUGUUCAGACCAGUGUGUCCAAAUCUGAUUCUUGAAAUUACUGUCUCCUCUUUUCUGUUUUUUCCGGCACAUCUCAUUUCUCCCACUUUCCUCUGGACUCUGUAGAACCACUGUCCUUUCCGCUCAUCCUCCCAUUGCUUUUGCCAUCUUUCCUUCAGUCUUUGCUUAAUAAUGUCUUUGAUUUCAGUUUGACCUAUGUUAAUACUUAAAUCAAUCUUACUUCUUUUUGUUACCUCUUUUGCUACCUUAUCUGCCAUUUCGUUUCCUCUAAUGCCAAUGUGUGCUGGUACCCAUAAAAAUAUGACGGUAAUUGAGUGAUGAAUGGUGUCCUUUGUUGUAUAUGAGAAAGAGCAUAAAAAUGUGGAAGUCUUGCUGAUAUUGGCCUAGGUCCUGGUGAGAUCCCAAGAAGAGAAUAUUGUUUAAUUGUAGUCUCUGUUCCUGAAGUAGAAUUGAUCUGUUUCAAAGUUUGUAUGACAUUGAUACACUAAAUUGAUUCCUGGGAAAUGUGCUUCUCCUUAGAGGAGACAAUGAUUGAGACGGACCAGUUCUCACGGGAGUUUGAGAAUCAACACCUUCUCCAUUGAUAGUGGAGAAGAUAAGGAUUGUUUGCUUCAGCUGCAGAGUGUAGUAUUAGGAAAACAUGUUACAUAUAGAGCACCAAGACAUGAAAAAAUAUGUUCUUGUUGAUUGUUCUAACUGUUUGGAAUUCUCUGCCUCGGAGAGUUAUGUAUAUGCUUUGUGAGUCAAUGCGAAGCUGAAAUGUAUAUAUUUUUGAACACCAAUGUGUUAAGAGGCUGUGGGGAUGGAGUAACAAGUUGACUCGAGGGAUGAGGGCAAAUAUAAUCUUAUUAGAUGAUGAAUGAGGUUCCAGAUGAUGGAUGCCCUCCUCCUGCUCCUUGUGUCAGGACACAAGAAGAACUUGUGUUGUGUCCAAAAAGUGCUAUGGUCAUGCAUUGGAUGUUCUAAGUUUAGCAAAUCUUCAAUUGAUGGACUUCCCGUAAUGCAGCACUAAUAAUCAGUCCAGAUUAUUAACGGAAUCUCUCAUGGGAAUGUGUGUGAGGGAAUGAGAUAAAGGCUGAUGCUUUUGUUGAAGUGAGACACUUCAAAAUUAUUUUAUUGGCUGUAAAUUGCCGCCUUAUAAAAUUCAGAGAUUGUAAUAAGUGACAGCUUUUCCCUUUUUCUCUAUUAUGCUAAUGGUUGAUGCAUUUGGGAUUAUGUUUAUCUCUUCAGCCUGUCCUCCCUGGCAGCAUCCAAUGAGUCUAACCAGUUUAUUUAACAUUAUAUAUUAGCUUGGAUUUUUGCAUGCUACUAUAGUACCAUAGCAGGUGUCGUGAUUAAUAUCGGUGCAAUACUCAACUGUAACCAGACUUCUUUGGAUUGUAUUAGCAAUGGGUAAAUCUUGAUGAUUUAUGUUUGGUUUACAGAUGCACAUUUUAGUCGGAGAUUAAAAUGCUUUAUACAAUAUAUGAAAAAUAUAGGUAAAAGUAGUCGUUGGACGCUUUCAGUAAUUUACAAAUUAUGAAUAAAAGGGCAGCUUUCACUUGCUUCAAAAUAAUUAGAUGCCUCAUGAUAAAACAGUUAUUUUCUAUUGUCUCCUAUGUCUGAUGGUGAAGAAAUGUACUUUUUUCAUUCCCUUGGUUACAAAAAUCUGUACAACUGGCAAGCAUAAAAUAAGCAUUUAAUUGUUUUAUUUUGCCUUAUUUUUUAAUAAAUUGGGAAAGGUUAUACAGUCCAUGAUCAGUAAUUUUAAUUAUUUUUGUGCUGCAGAAUAUAAAAAUAUGUAAUGUUUGGAAUAAAGGAUUCCAUAAUGUCCUUAUGGUGUCUUUAAAAUCCUUAAAAUAUACUGAGAUGUUUGUACAUAUUCUGUGGCAUUAACUACUGACAAAGCCAGGUCUUAUAAACAGGGUGUAUAACAUUCCAGUGGUAAUAAGAUAAUACCGUACUCGAGCUCAGUUACUCAUUUAAAAGCCUUCUGUGUCUGUCAAAGAUAACAAACCGGUUGUAAAACAAACCAUUUAGAGUAAAAAUAAAACUAACCUUUUUGCUGUGGUAAAUAUUAAGAUAAAAGCAUUUGAGAAAAGGGCAAUCAGUAUCUCGUACACAAUUUUCUAUGUAUAGUAGAUAAUCAAAUCAAUUUGAUUUUAAAUGUGUGCAUUUAUUCUGGCAACAAAUGUAUUAUAAACUCUACUUGUUGUCAUUUAUCAUGACUUGUGUCAUUCAGCUAGGGGUGCUAAUACAGAGCCAAAUUAUGUCAUUGUUUUAUAAAUAUGGAUUUAAAAUUGUGUUCAGUUUUUAUAUAGAGAGUAUAAAUCAUAUUUUUGAAAUUAACAUUAAAUUUGAAAUUAAAUUGGUUUUGAGCAAUAAAGUAUUUUGUUUAAA